CAAAGUCCUCACUUAUUGCAUAUAAGAUAGACAUAAUUCCCCUGCUCUGCUCAAGUACAUAAAUUCGCUGAUUCUUCGUACAUAACUUGGUACUGUUCUCAUAUCCAUCACUGAUGGCUGCUAUCGGAGAGCGAAACGAGUAUGAUCAUGAGGUGCACAGAGCCAGCUCAAGUGAGUACCACCCAAAAGGCGAUUUCAACGAAAAAGGUGGCGAGUACUACCACGAAGGCGAUGUAGAAUACAACAAAGAACACAUUGAUUCUGAAGAAGAAGAGAAUUCACCCAUUGAAGAAGUUGCUGCUGUUGUGCCAGCGACAGAUGAUCCAAGUAUCCCUGUGUAUACCUUCCGUGUCUUCAGCUUAGGCAUCAUCUUCACCGCUCUCCUUGCCUUCGUGAACCAGUUCUUCUGGUUCCGAGCUAUGGCUCUCCAGCUGUCUCCUUUGGUCGUUCAGUUGCUUUCAUUUCCACUUGCCAAGUUGAUGGAAGCCGUUAUUCCCCGAUCCAAAUUUUUCAACCCAGGCGCAUUCUCAAUGAAAGAGCACGUCCUGAUCACGGUCAUGGCUAAUUGUUCGUACCAAACCGCUUAUGCUAUCGAUAUUAUCACGGUCCAGCGUAUCUGGUACAAGCAAGAUCUUGGAUGGGGUGGUGGCUUCCUUCUCGUCAUGACCACUCAAUUAAUUGGUUAUGGUAUGGCUGGUGUUCUUCGACCUUACCUUGUCUAUCCAUCCUCUAUGGUCUUCCCUGCCAACUUGGUCAAUAUUUCUCUUUUCCGAUCCCUUCAUGUCAAGGAUCUGAAUUGGACGGGUCCUAGUCGUAUCAAGUGGUUCUUAAUGGUGUUCACCUGUAUGUUCGUAUACUACUGGCUUCCUGGAUUUUUGUUCCCCGUCUUGACGUACUUCUCUUGGGCUUGCUGGAUCAACCCCAAUAACCGUACUCUAUCUCAACUCACUGGAGGCUACAGUGGUUUGGGUAUGCUCGCAUUAUCCUUCGAUUGGGCCACCAUUACUUCAUACCUAUCUUCUCCUCUGAUUGUUCCCUACUGGGCUACAGCCAACAUCACGGUCGGUUUUGUCUUGUUCGCUUGGUUCAUUGUUCCUAUCUUGUAUUACACCAAUGUAUGGAACUCUCAGUCCUACCCAAUUGUCUCUGAAAAGCUGUUCACUGUGGAUGGCAGUCGAUACAAUGUAUCCAUGGUCUUGAACCCUGAUGUCACUGUCAACGAGACGUUGUAUGAAGAAUAUGGCCCAGUUCGCCUAACUGCUCUAUUUGCCUUUUCCUAUGGAAUCAUGUUUGCUGGUCUUACCUCUGUCUUGACUCAUACCGUUUUAUACCACGGAAAGGAAAUUGUUCGUCAAUUCAAGCGAUCAAGAAGUGAAGAUGAAGACAUCCACAUGAAGCUGAUGCGAGCCUACCCUGAAGUUCCUAGUUGGUGGUACUAUGCUAUCUUCCUCGCUGCCUUUGGAGUGUCCUUCGGUGUCAUCUAUGGUUGGCCAAUUCAUCUCCCAUGGUGGGGUCUUAUCCUCUCCAUCGCUUUGUCUGCUAUCUUCAUUCUUCCUAUUGGUAUCAUUUCUGCCAUUACCAAUCAGACUCCUGGUUUGAACGUUAUCACCGAAUUCAUCAUUGGUUUCGCUCUUCCUGGUCACCCAAUUGCCAACGUUACCUUCAAGACCUAUGGUUAUAUCUCCAUGGUUCAGGGUCUGACUUUCGUGUCUGAUCUUAAGCUUGGCCAUUACACCAAGAUUCCUCCUAAAGCUAUGUUCAUUGUUCAAAUCAUCGGUACUAUGGUGGGGGGUUUCGUUAACCUGGCCACUGCUCGAUGGUUGAUGGAUACUAUACCCAAUAUCUGUACCAAGGCCGCGUUUCCAUUUGUGUGCAACAGUGCUUCAACUUUCUACUCUGCGUCUGUUAUCUGGGGUGCAAUCGGUCCUGCUAAAAUGUUUGCCGGUAACUCGCCAUACUCGUCAAUGCUCUAUUUCUUCCUCAUUGGGCUGGUUCUCCCUAUUCCGUUCUUCCUGUACUCUAAGAAAUAUCCUAAUUCAUGGGUGAAAUAUGUGCAUAUUCCUCUUAUCUUUAAUGCUACUGGUAUGAUGCCUCCGGCUGUUCCCUUGAACUUUUCCAUGUGGUGUGCUUGUGGAUUUGUUUUCAUGUACUGGAUCCGUAAGUACAGACACGACUGGUGGGUCAAGUACAACUACGUGACAUCUGCUGCUUUGGACUCGGGUGUGGCUAUCGCCGGUAUCGUUAUUUUCGGGGUACAAAUGGGGACGGCUAAUAGCGACCAACCCUACGGUUGGUCCCCAACUUGGUGGGGCAACGAUGCAGACUAUGUUGACCAUUGCCCACUGGCUGGACUCAACAUGACCAACACUCCGUAGUUCUAUUUCAUUAUCCAAUGCCAAAGGAGGAUCUCUCGAUUUAUCUUUGAUAAAAUGUAACGAAAAAGCAGCCGUAGUGUUGAGUUAAAAAUUAUUGCCAUUUAAGCAUACCCACAAACCCUCUCCCCCAAUUUUUUUUUUUUUUGUAAUGGAGUGUAUCUUGUAACAGAAUAAUAACUAAAAGAAUCAAUGAUUUUUUCAUUACCAGCUGGCACACCCAUAUGAACUUAAUUUCAUUUACAUUUUUGGAUAUCACACUGUGGUGUUUACCAACUGAAUCUGCACUUCUUGGCUGCUACCGAUCGGACUAAGAGCUAAGUCUUAAAAUGAUAAAAAAUACCGAAUAUGGAC